GAAAACCAGAAUUAAAUUUUAAAGUUUCAAUUUUAUUUUACGGUUUCUUGUUUUUGUUAAACCGACUAUAGUUUAUAAAAGAUAAUAUUUAUUUUUGUAUCUAAACUUAUUUAUCAACUAAAUUGUUAUUACUAAAGCAAAACUAGUAAUCUACUAAAAUAAUACAUUGAUAUUUUAAACAAUUAUUAUUAAAAUCAUAUAAUCAAUUUGUGUUUUCAUAUGAAAAUCAAAUAUAUAUAUUUUAUAAAUGGAAGAAAUACCACAGUUGUUGGAUAAUUUAAAGUCAACUGUAGAAUGUUUGUCUAUGUCCAGUCAAACCAAUACUUGGGAAGUUUGUGGCGGUCUGAACCGCCUACAUUCAAAUAUUAUGAAUAUAUUUAAACAUGGGUGUGUAUCAAUAGAUACAAAAAAUGAUGAUUGUAUUUGGCAAUUUAUACAAGGAUUAAACUGGUUGUACCCAAUGUCUGAAACAACAAAUUCAUUCUUUAAGCAUUCAGUCACAGGAAAUGCUUUUUCAAAUAAAUCAUCAUUAUGGAUUUAUAGGAGCCUUGAAAAUCAUACAUUAUCAGAGAAGUUGGGUUGGCUGUUGUCUGACAAAAAACAUUUGUACAAAUUUUAUAAGCAUGAAGCAUUUUUUUGUCAAAAACCUUAUAGUGAUGCUGCAUUGUUGUGCCUUAAAGCGGUCGAGUUAAGUCAGCCAUCAUUAUUAUUAGAAAUUGAUCCAAAGUUGUAUUUAAAUCGAUCACAAUCGACUGGUCAUUGUACCACUUUACCAAAAUCAUCAUUUAAAAAGAAACGACUGGAGUCAUUAAAGAAUUCUAAGAGAGAAAAAACAAAUUUUCCCACUCCAUUUAAUGAUUAUAAUAAAAAUAUUAAUUUUAGUAAUUUAUCAGAAAAUAAUUAUUUUAGUAAUUUAUCAGAAAACAAUUAUUUUUGUAGAAAAUUUUUUUAUAAAAGUUGUCCUAACCUUUCUAAAAGUUACAAACAGUCAAAAACUAUUAAGCGAUCGUACAGCUAUGAUAACAUGGUUCGAGUACCAGAGUCACUAUCGGAUUUGUCCGAUUCUGAUUCAUCAAUUUACAGCUCGGAAGUGUUACAGUCAAAGCUAUUGGAUGUUAAUUAUGAACAGCUUGUUAAUGAAAACGUUGAGUUUAAUAAAUAUCAGUUGUCGAAUGAAGGUAUAUUGUACAACUAUAAUAACUUGCCUAAACGAAAAAAGCGCAGAGCAAAGUUUACGUUACCUUUGAGAACAUUAGACGAGUCUGAUGAUGACGAUGAUAAAAGUAAAAACUCUGAUGGAUCCCGAACGUUGAUUCCGUAUGAUGAAAUACCACCCAAGUAUUUGGAAUCUCCUGGAUUACUUCCUCAAUAUUUUCCUGGUCAAGAUCUGUUCAAGUUUUUAUCAUCUGGACAGUUUGUUCAGGCUAAUGCUGAACUCAAUCGAGAAAAUGCACAUUUUAAUAUUUCUGAAGUCAUUAUUGGAACUAUUGAACAAAUAAAAUGCAAUCAAAAACUCAAUUUAAAUAAUGAAAUUAUUGAUGAAAGUGAUGAAGAAAUAAAACGCCUAAAACAAAAAAUUUGUUCACGGCGGAGGCAAAAACAAUACGAACUUAUAAAGUUGCCUGUGCUUACAUCGACAAUUGAUUGUUGUAGUGAAUCCACAACCACUGAUUAUACAAUAAGUUCACUGACUUCAUCGUAUUGCUCAACCACGUCAAGCUUGUCUACUACUGAUGAUACAGACGAUCUCGACAUUGAUAAUGAAAGUGCAGACUGUUCUUCAAAAAUUUCAGUGUGCAAUUCUUCUGUGAGCUCAUUGUAUUCAAACAUGGAUUUAAGAUCGCCGAGUAUGUGCUCAGGGUUCACGGCAGAAAGUGUAGCUCGGUCGUUAAUUCGUCAGUUUAAUCAUAAAAAUACACCCACUGAUUGUAAUAUUCAAUGGCUUAUAUCAGAAAACGAAGUCGCGCAAAAAAUAUUACCUUUACCAUCGAGUUGGCCUGUAAAUCCUUAUGAACCGGAAGAUCUGAAAACAUCUAGUUUACGAGGAACAUCGUAUUGGGCACCACCGCGACCACAAAUUAUAUUUACCGCUCAUCCACCUCCCAUUAGAAAACAGGUGAUGGAACAACAGGGUUAUCGAUGCGCUGGAUGCAGUAUGAAAGUGGAUGUCAAAUACGCAUCAAAGUUUCGAUAUUGUUUUUACCUAGGUCGAUAUUUUUGUACAGGGUGUCACAUUGAUAAAACUGCAUUAAUUCCCGGUCGAAUCAUAUCUAAAUGGGAUUUUUCAAAGUAUCCAGUAUCAUGUUUUUCGUUUACUCUACUCGAACAACUGUUGGUUGAUCCAUUAUUUAAUAUAGCUGAUUUAAACAGAGAUCUAUACAAACGUGCUCGUGGACUUAACAGAGUACGAUCGUACAGACAACAGUUGUCCUAUAUUAGGGACUUCAUAUUUUUAUGUAGAUACGCUAAUAAACUAAGAGAACUCCUCAACGACUUGGAACCUCAUUUAAUACAUGAACCAGAUCUUUAUUCAAUACAAAAUAUGUUAGAUGUUAAAAACGGAGAUCUUAGCAAAAAGUUACAGAACAUCAUUAUCACUUGUAACAAACAUGUGAUUAAUUGUCAGUUGUGCCAAGCAAGAGGUUUUGGAUGUGAGAUAUGUAAAAAAGAUGAAGUACUGUUUCCGUGGGACUUUAGAAAAGUAACCAAAUGCGAAGAUUGUGGGUCAUGUUAUCAUUUAAAAUGUUUUGCGUCUCGCAAAAUACCCAAAUGUCCCAGGUGUCCUCGGUUAUUAGCCAUGUUUAAACGAAAAGACUGCGAAAACAAUAGUGAAUCAGUACAGUCUUGACGAUUGUUAAUUAUUAUUAUUUUUAUUAUCAUUACCAAAUUAUUACUAACGUGUCCAUAUUUACUAGUUAUUAUAAUUUGUAUUAAAAAAAGAGAUUUAAUAAUUUCAUACUUUUUGUUUUCAUAUAUUUAAGUUCAAUUUUUAUAUUACCUGAUUGUAUUAAUACCAUUUAUUUUAUUUAUUUUAAAAUUUCUCACAUUGAAUUAUGUUUAAUUAUAUUCACCAUAUUAUAUUUAUAUUAAAGUGCAUACAAUAAUUAUAAAACGGACUUCCUUUGGGAAGGGGACUGGGAAGAAACAACAUCCCCACAUUAUUUGUGUUUAUUGUCACCAUAUAUUUAUUUUCCUUUAAAUCUUAUAUCACACAUUAUCAUUAUAUUAUA